AUGCCGCCUGAUUCGGAUAAGUCAAUAAAAGCAGAUGUUUCUGAGGCUGCAUCUAGUGCUUCCAGCGCAGACCAAGGUCAUUUAUCAGCCGUUAAAACAAUAGUGGACUCACCAACGGCUCAAUCUACAUCAUCGGGACAAGAUGGUAGAAGCUAUCAGGGGCAAAUUUCUAAUUUAAAUAGUGGCGGUAAGGAAAUUGACCUCAAGGCAGUUGGGAAGCACUUGGUUAAUCAUGAUGAAGCCUUGAAAUUACAAGGUGGUGACAUUACCAGAUCUCUUUACCACCAAAUGGAAAAUUCUUCUGCCACACCACCAGAUAGAAGAAGAACAAGAAGCUCUUCUUUUUCUACUUACUUAUCAAAUACGAGAAGAGAGUCUACGGCUAGUGACAUCAAUGUACCUGGUGGCUUUAGAAGAGAAUUUCUAAUUAAUAAAUCGUUACAGCAGAACAAAAAUCCUCCAAAUUUUUUGACCCAAAAUUUCAUGGAAUUCUUGAGUAUCUAUGGCCAUUUUGCCGGUGAAGAUUUUACCGAUGAUGACGAAAAUAAUAGCAGGUAUGAAGAAGUGUUCGACGAAGAGUCGCACUUGCUAGGCAACGAAAGAAUUCCCUCUAGAAAUAAAAAAAAGACAUCAAAGGGCACGGCUUCGACAGCGAAAACAUAUUUCUUGUUAUUCAAAGCUCUUGUUGGAUCUGGUGUUCUUUUUCUUCCCCGAGCCUUCCUCAAUGGUGGGUUAUUGUUUUCUAUUGUCACUUUGUCAACUUUUGGAGCAUUGACUUUUUUUUGCUAUAUAGUAUUGAUCGAGUCUAAGAAAACUUUUAAGAAACCCUCUUUCGGUGAAUUAGGGUAUACAUCUUAUGGAAAAAUUUUGAAGCUUUGCAUUUUGGUGUCAAUUUUGCUCUCUCAAAUCGGAUUUGUUGCAACAUACAUAUUAUUCACGGCAGAAAAUAUGAUGUCUUUUUUGACCGGCUUUUUAGGGUUCCAUUCGAUCACUGCUUUUAAUGUUGUUCUAGUGCAAUGUGUAUUGUUGAUUCCAUUGUCCCUCAUAAGGAAUUUGACCCAGUUGUCGUUGAUAUCUCUUGUUUCUUCCGUAUUCAUUGUGAUUGGCUUACUCAUCAUUUUUUAUUAUUCUGGAAUUAAACUCAUGCAAGAGGGAUUAGGCCCACAUAUUGAGCUUUUUAACUCAAAGAGCUGGUCUAUGUUGAUUGGUGUUGCAGUGACAUCUUUUGAAGGAAUUGGUUUGAUAUUACCAAUUGAAUCGUCCAUGGCUCACCCUGAACAAUUCCCUAAAGUUCUUUUAAUUUCAAUGCUUAUCAUCACCUCACUAUUUGUGGCAAUUGGAACAGUGGGAUAUUCUGCUUUUGGAGAUAAGGUCAAGUCCAUUAUUAUAUUGAAUCUUCCCCAAAAAAACGUUUCCGUUCAACUUAUAGUGUGUCUUUAUUCGUUAGCUGUAUUCUUAACAGCUCCUUUACAGUUGCUACCGGCUAUUAAGAUUGGAGAAUCAACUGUAUUUAACUCCUCACUUUUCAAUCAUGGAUCGAGAAAGAAAGAUGAAGAUGGUAGACUUUAUAAAAGCUCAGGUAAAUACAACCCCCAUAUUAAGUGGCUCAAAAACACCAGCAGGGCUAUUGUUGUAAUACUUAUUUGCUCCAUUGCAUACUUGAAUGCAAACAAUAUCGAUAAAUUUGUUUCCUUCAAUGGUUGCUUUGCAUGUAUUCCUUUGGUGUAUAUCUAUCCACCAUUAAUUCAUUUAAAGACUUUUAAACUUAAGUCAUCACUAACGGCAAAAGAUAAAUUUUUCAAAAUCACGGAUUACACUUUGAUUAUUGUUGGUAUAGCUGUAGUGAUCUAUUCCACUUAUCAAAUAGUCUUCCUUAAUUAA